AUGUCGGACUUGCAAGUAGCAGUUUAUGUCGCACCUCCAAUCCCUUUACCUGGAUCUCAAGGAGACUCAUGGUCUCCAAUUUCAUGCACUUUAAUAUACUCAUCCCACGAUGCCAUUCUUGUAGACACUCCCCUUACAAUCAAGCAAAGCGAAGAAUUAAUCGAAUGGAUUGAAAAAAUCGCACCCAACAGGAAACUAUCCUAUAUAUAUAUCACUCAUGGCCAUGGAGACCAUUUCUUCGGAGUCCCGGUCAUCCUGAAACGCUUUCCCAAUGCAGUACCAGUCGCCACACGCAAAGUACUGGAACAUAUGAAGCAGCAAGUGGAGAAGAACAUUUUCAAAAACAUGUGGGAGCUUCGUUUCCCUGGUCAAAUUUAUCAACCUCAACUAUCUCCUCUAGCAAGCAUAUUACCAGAAAGCGGCAAGUUCAGACUUGAGAAUCGCUGGGUGUUCGAAGCCAUCGAGUGCGGCCAUUCGGAUACAUACGACUCAACCGUGCUGUGGGUGCCAGACUUGAAGCUAGCCGUCUGUGGAGAUGUUGUGUAUGGAAAAGUUCACCAGUAUCUCUUUGAAGCAAAUAAUGAAGAAAAACGCAAGGCAUGGAUUCAGGCUAUCGAGAAAGUUGAGGCAUUGGGACCAUUAUACGUGGUUCCAGGUCACAAGCAGUCGGGAGAAUUGGAUGGAAUCUGGCAUCUUUCAGCAACGAAGAAAUACAUCCUUGAUUUUGAAGAUAUUAUUAAGUCAAACCCAAAAGAUUCCAGAGAGGUAUUUAGAAAGAUGAUGGAAUUGUAUGGAGAUAGGUUCAACCCAAGUGCCUUAAAACUGAGCUGCAAGGGAGCCAUUGUCGCAAAAGAGUCCCAUAUUUAG